GUUGAAUUUGUAACCCAGAAAGCUGACAUACGUCAGUUCUUCAUUUCCUUAGACUGUAUUCUGUGCUAUUCAGCUCCGUUAUGGCGCUUACAGAAUCCUUUGCUGAAAUUAAAAAAUCUGGGGUUGACGGCAGGGGUCUUUUUGCAUCGAAAAGCCUCAAGGCAGGCGAAUCAAUCUUCAGGAAAGCCCGACCUCUUGUUGCUGCAUUAGAUGUGCCUCGACUUGAAGACACCUGCGUCAACUGCUUCAGAACUAAGCUAAGUGAAGGGUUGUAUGACGAAGCAGCAACGUUGGAGAUCAAGAAAUGCACGGGAUGUCGAAUCGUAGCAUAUUGUGGCAAGUCUUGCCAAUCGCAACAUUGGAAGAGAUGCCACAAAUACAUGUGCAAGAUCUUGAAGGAAUCCCAGGGAAUUGGACCCCGUCCGAAUGAGAAUCAGCACAACUCCGGCGUCAUAUUCGCGUUGAUGGAGAUAAUUCAAACACGCCAGAAUAUGAGACUGUCUGAGAACGAUUGGAUUGCCAUGCUUCAACUCAAGUCUCACGCGAAAGAGAUGAAAGCACAGGAUCCAAGGCGAUAUCAUGAAGCUGAGACGAUUGCAGAAAAGACGCUGAUGUACCUCAAUAACCCACCCGACUACGCCAAAGACUUCACCACUCUAAUAGCUUGUGCAAUACUCACCAACAGCUUGACACUGGUCGCACCAACAUGUGAUCCUCUAGGCCUCGUCUUUGACCCUUUUUGUUGUCUUGCUAACCACUGCUGCGAGCCAAACGCUUAUGUCAUGAUGAAUGGCGCAGAAAUUUCAUUUAGACCAUUAAAAGAAAUCUCAAAAGAUGAGGAAAUCUUUGUCUCGUACAUUGAUAGCACCGAGGCAAUUAGCGUCAGGCAGUCUCAACUGGCCAAGCGAUACUAUUUCACUUGCAAAUGCACAAAAUGUGCGCGCGGCGCGACGUCACCGCAGGACAUUUUCUUGACACCGACUUCUGAAGCCCGACAAGAAAUGAAGAACGCAGUCGACAACAUGCAGCAAGAGAUGUCCAAAGCAAUAGCUUCGAUGAAAGCGGCAUAUAAUCUAGAGAAUUCACAGUUGACACAAGGUGAAAUUAUCGAUUUCUACAUUCGUAACAAGCUCUCGAUAGCAACCGAUCUACAAUCAUCAUCCAACCGUCUUGAAAUGCUUCGUCAUAUCCUGGAAGAAUGUCAGAAGUUUGGGCAAUACGCGAUAACUCGGCAACCGUAUGCCGCGGCUCGCAACGAAUAUGUCUUGGAAUGCAUAUGUCAAGGAGAGUUUGAGACGGCGUGGUUACAUGCAGUUCGAAGCUACAUUGAAAUUGAUCCCCUGCUUUACCCGGAAGCUCACAACCCUCUUCGAGUAGUUCAUACAUUCCGGCUAGCCAAACUGAGCAAUUUUCUGGCGUCUGAACCUCACGACAAAAUCCAGACCGUCAUAGGGGUUUGUUCGGAGGCCAACCUAGCUAUACCCGUACUUGCAUGGAACUGCAUGAGAGAGGCUUCUCAGCAGGUGGAUAAGAGUCACGGAGCUGAUUCACCUUUCACUCUAGCUGUUAAAUCAACAUUCAAUACAGCUGUGGCGGAGAUUCAGAAUAUAGCACCGGGCGCGAUCAAGCAAAUCGAACGGGAGCUAGGCAGUCUGCACCCUUCUUUAAAAAAAGUAUCUGCGAGCCUGCCAUACUGAGCCAUCGCGAUCUUUUCCAUCUUAGACCGGCGAGAUCCGCAGUCAAUGGGGAUCUAGGAUACUGGGGCGCGUGUCUUGCGAAGGAUUCAUUCUGCAUGCAGGCACACAUCUACUCGAUUGGGUAUUGAAUGCGAGACCAGAUCUAUGUACUAGGCUUAACGCUGUAUGCUCUGCAAAAGUGAGGACUUCUGCCGUGAGUGUUAGCAAGUGAGGGUGGUGGAACUCAACGCACCUCUUUUUUUU